AGUCCAAGUACUUUGGACACACUGACCACUGCAGCAACAACAAGUACACCUUUGACUUCUAUGGACAAUGGAAGUAUUGUUUUACCCUUAGCAGUGGUGUGUGGUAUCAUGGGUCUCAUCAUCGUGGCGCUCAUCAUAUAUAUCAUGGUAAACAAGCUAUCCAGGACGGAUAUGCACGGUGACACAUCUAAUUAUACUGAAACGUCAACUCAUCUUGGUAUGCAAACCAUCCCCAGUGGAUCCCAGGGACAAAUGACCUUACUCCCAUCAGUGGCACCAGUGGCACCACCAACACAUAUUCUGGCCUCAGCCAUUACAAUGAGACGAAUGUCUACGAUGGAAUGCAACGUAAUGCCAGUGACGAUGGUGACGAACAUAGCUACGGUCGCAUUACCAGUAGACAAGAACCUUCCUAUGUUAACUCUGGAAGUGGAGUUGGUCCAUAUGUUAACACCUAGAGACAGCACACAAGCUUGUGCUUUAGGCUCUUGUAGCUCUAUAAUCACUUUGAGAUCAGCCAGUCUUCUUUAUAAGGGGGAAUAUGUACAUAUAAAGUAUAACAAAUAAACCUUAUUUUGUUAUUUAUUUCUCUUAACUUUGAAUAUAUGUUCCA